AUGACUGACGCAGUGAGCUCGUUUGACUUUGUGCACCACCCCGGCUGGCAAGAGUACUUUAGCCGUCUCGAAGGCUUUUCCGCGCACGGUCCGACGCCGUCGCAGCUGCUCAAGCUCCAGCGCAAGUGGUACAAGCAGCACAUUGACCCGUCAUACGAGGCACCCGCUGCUGCUGCUGCUGCUCCGACCACUACCACUGAUGCCCCAUCGUCAUCAUCAUCACCAUCACCAUCAUCAUCAUCAUCCAAGGCGCAUCAUCCAAGGCGCAGGCGGACGCCAGCCCCGCGCGCUGACUCGACCAACAACGGUGGAUCGUCAUCAGCUGGAUCCGCAUCGAGUGGAUCGUCCACUGCUGCCCCUGCUGCUCGGCGGUCGCUGGUUCAGUUUGCCAUUGCAAACAAGCUCCAGCUGAUUGCGUGGAUUGCCAACUUGCUCUGCCUGAUCAACGUGCUCGCAUUCAUUGUGCCGAUCGGCAUGGACCCUUCGCCGAUCAGCUACUACAAGGUUUUCCGUCGUGGAGCUGUCGCGUACAUCGUGAUGCUGUACCAGAGACAUGGCCUCGUUUUCAGCCGCAACUACCUCAACUCCAUCAUUCCUGAUGAGAACUUUGCGUACAUUAUGUACUGCGUCGUUUUCUCCUUUGCCGAUGUCCACGCUGCCGCCGUUCUUCCCAUGGCCAUCUUCGCCCUCUACGGAUUUGCCACCUUUACGCCAAACGUGGCCAGUGCCAUUCUUCCGCAGAACUUGCGAUCGACGAUUGUUCCCCGUAUCCGUGGACUGGUCGCUCGUUUGACCGCUGUCGGCGAUCAAGCAAAGAUUGCUGCCGCUCGCCUCGAACUGAUUCUUGUGCCGAUUCUCUUCAUCGGGCUGUUCAGCGGCGAAUUCCUGCCCCUCAUCAGCUACGCCAACUUUUUGAACCUGCGCUAUGUCCAAUCGGCGCACACACGGCGGUUGCUGUCGGAUCUGAAAAUCCUGGGCUUCCAGCUCACUGGCCAUCCCCGAUGCCCUCCCAUUAUCGGAGCCGCGUUCGUCAAGCUUGUUGGUCUUCUGGAGCGCAUGGAUCCCAAUCGCCGUUAA